AAACAAGUAACAAUGACUGAUACGUAAAAUGUUUUAUUGACUUGCCAGUAUGGAAAAAAUCUUUAAAAUACAAUUUAAGUGCAGGAAGCAAACCAAAAUUAGAAGCUCUCAUAAAAUCCAAAAAUAAAAAUUCUAAGCGAAUCCAAAUAUAUGGAAAAAGAACUCAAUUCAUAAUAAAAAUAAGAAUAAACAUUUUAAUAAGCAUAACCCACAUCACUCGGUCAAAUAAAUUACUCAAACCAAUAGGUUAAUAAUCUGGAGUAGACUUAAAUUAACAAUACAAGAAUUUUUUAGUAAACCAUCAAUUUUAAUUAAUCAUUAAUGAAAACUAUGGUCUCAAUCUGUAAAAACUGCUCCGGAAGCAUCAAUCAGGAUUGCAUUUCCUUACCCUGCUUGCAUUCAUAUCAUAAGGAAUGUUUAUUUUAAAUAAUAUAGAGCAAUAUUGAUAUCGAUCAAGUAUCCAUAUUAUGUGUGUGUAAGCUUAAAGUUCCUUAACAUUAAAUCUUAUAAAUGAUUUGCGGAAAUAAGCAACUAAAGAAAAAGUAUUUUAUGGUUCAGUUAUUUGAUAUAAUUAUAAGAGCUUCUCCCUAAGUUUAACAGAGUUUAUUGGGAUAGGCGAAAUGCACUCCAUCAUUCUUGAAGAACCUUUUGAAUGAGUUGAUGAUUGAAGAUGAUACUCCUUAAAGAAUAUCGAUGAAAUGA